GCGCGUCUUCCCGGCCCAGUCUGCACCCGGCCCGGUCGGGCCGCCCCGGCCCGCUCCGAGGAAAAACUGCAUAGAAAAUCUAAUGGAUGAAGAUGAGAAGGACAGAGCAAAGAGAGCGUCUCGAAACAAGUCUGAGAAGAAGCGUCGAGACCAGUUCAAUGUUCUUAUCAAAGAGCUCAGCUCCAUGCUCCCUGGCAAUACGCGGAAAAUGGACAAAACCACUGUGCUGGAGAAGGUCAUUGGGUUUUUGCAGAAACACAAUGAAGUCUCAGCACAAACGGAAAUCUGCGACAUUCAGCAAGAUUGGAAGCCUUCAUUCCUCAGUAAUGAAGAAUUCACCCAGCUGAUGUUGGAGGCAUUAGACGGCUUCAUUAUCGCAGUGACCACGGACGGCAGCAUCAUCUAUGUUUCUGAUAGUAUCACACCUCUCCUCGGCCAUUUACCGUCGGAUGUCAUGGAUCAGAAUUUAUUAAAUUUCCUUCCAGAACAAGAACAUUCUGAAGUUUAUAAAAUGCUUUCUUCCCCUAUGCUCAUGACGGAUUCUCCCUCACCAGAACUCCUCAAAUCUGACAACGAUUUGGAGUUUUAUUGCCAUCUUCUCAGAGGCAGCUUGAACCCAAAGGAAUUUCCAACUUAUGAAUACAUAAAAUUUGUAGGAAAUUUUCGCUCUUACAACAAUGUGCCUAGCCCCUCUUGUAAUGGCUUUGACAACACCCUCUCAAGACCCUGCCGCGUGCCCCUCGGGAAGGAGAUCUGCUUCAUUGCUACCGUGCGUCUGGCUACACCACAGUUCUUAAAGGAAAUGUGUAUAGUUGAUGAACCUUUAGAAGAAUUCACUUCAAGGCAUAGCUUGGAAUGGAAAUUUUUAUUUCUGGAUCACAGAGCCCCGCCCAUCAUAGGAUACCUGCCCUUUGAAGUACUAGGCACCUCUGGCUAUGACUACUACCACAUUGAUGACCUGGAACUCCUGGCCAGAUGCCACCAGCAUUUGAUGCAGUUUGGCAAAGGGAAGUCGUGUUGCUAUCGGUUCCUGACAAAAGGCCAGCAGUGGAUUUGGCUGCAGACCCACUACUACAUCACCUACCACCAGUGGAACUCCAAGCCCGAGUUCAUCGUGUGCACACACUCGGUGGUCAGGUACUGUACCCCUCUGCCCUCCCCAUCCACCUGCGACCUCACGCAGCAGCUCCUGCCACAGACCAUUUUGCAGACUCCGCCGGCUCCCAUGGCGCAGUUCUCAGCACAGUUCAGCAUGUUCCAGACCAUUAAAGACCAGCUGGAACAACGGACGCGGAUCCUACAGGCCAACAUCCGGUGGCAGCAGGAAGAACUCCACAAGAUCCAGGAGCAGCUCUGCCUAGUCCAGGACUCCAAUGUCCAGAUGUUUCUGCAGCAGCCAGCAGUGUCCCUGAGCUUCAGCAGCACCCAGCGGCCCGAGGCUCCACAGCAGCUCCAGCAAAGGCCGGGUGCAGCGCAGCCCCAGCUGGUGGCUAGCUCUCAGCUCGCUGGGCCCAUGACCUCGGCCCAAGUCACCAACCAGCACCUGCUCAGAGAACCAAGUGUGCUCUCCACCCAGGGUCCGAAGCCAAUCCGAAGCUCCCAGCUGAUACACGGUAGCACCCGCUCUGUGAACAGCCUGACAUCCCAGUUCAGCAGCGCCUCGGCUGUGCUCCCACCAGGCCUGAGUCUUACCACACCUGCCUCCGCCUCGCAGGAUGCCAGCCAGUGCCAGCCCAGCCCCGACUUCAGCCAUGAUCGGCAGCUCAGGCUGCUACUGAGCCAGCCCAUCCAGCCCAUGAUGCCUGGAUCCUGUGAUGUAAGACAGCCGUUAGAAGUCAGCAGGACUGGGCGGCAAGUCAAGUAUUCGCAGAGCCAGGCCGUGUUUCCUAGCCCAGACUCGCACGCCACCAGCAGCAGCGCCGCAACCCCCGUUCUGCUGAUGGGGCAAGCCGUGCUUCACCCCAGCUUCCCUGCCUCCCAGCCGUCACCCCUGCAGGCACAGGCCCAGCAGCAGACGCCACACUACCUACAGGCAUCGGCUUCUCUGCACAGUGAGCCCCCAGACUCUCUUCUUCUUUCCACUUACUCCCAGCAACCAGGGACCCUGGGCUAUGCCUCACCACCUGCACAGCCACAACAGCAGCCCCCUCGUCCACCCCGCAGGGUCAGCCGGCUCUCUGAGUCCUCAGGCUUGCAGCCACCACCCCGGUAGUGGCCUGGUACUGGAGUGGAAACACAAUCAGCUUUAACCAAGGGACCAGAAAGUGGCUGGCCAUGAGGAGAGGGACAGAAGCCACUUGCUUCUGUGUACCCUAAAUUUCAGAACACCUGGAUGGUGGUCACUUCUGGAGGGUGAAGAAAGAACAGGAAGACUGGCUAUGAUUCCUGGACAUCAGGGUUCUCUGCCACCCUUUACAGCCAUACUGGACAGGAAGCGUGAAGUCACUGUUCCUCAGUUUACCUGUGGUGAUAGUGCUUUUCAAGGCACCCUCAGAGAGCCCACAGGUUAUUCUACCCAGGCCUUCAGUCUCUUGGUCAUCUUUCCUUUGCAUUCAAGGAUUGAGUCAGAGAUUAUUGGAAAGAGAGAGAAUAAAGAGAUUAUUUUUCAUUAUUUUUAAAUGAUUGGUUUUAAUUUGCACAGAUGCAGAGCAAAUAACUAUAGGUACUUUCUGUUUUUUAAAAUAAUAAUAAUAAAUAGUCUCCUGCUUCACUUGGAGACCACAGUAACAAACAAUAGCCCAUGAACCAGAGCACGAAGCUGGUCUUUAAAAAAGCUGCAGACCUGCAUCCUUGGCCUAAACCUUAGUGGAUUUACGCUCUUCAGCCCAUUUCCCACUGAUGGUGAUCGUCCCCUCCAACAUAUAACACUGGACUAUUUCCUCUUCACUUUAUCAAUUGCAACUACCAAGGGGGCUCCAAAGCUAAGCACAAAUAUGUACCUGAUGUUUCAGAAUUCCACAAAGAAGUCUAAUCCUAUGAGGGCAGAGUUUCACAAGCCAAGCGGCCUAGAAAGGGGCCAUCUCUGAGGAUGCUUAUACCACGUGCUGGCCUGCGUGUGAAGAGGCUGCAUCCUUUGACAGAUCUUUCACAAUCAUUCCCAAGGAUUGGAUUUUGUUUCAAAAUGCACUUUGACUUUUUUUGUAUGUUUUGUUAUGUUGAGAUGUUUCUAAAGAAAAGAUUUUAUGUAAUUAUAAGACAGAGUGUAGUGAAUUGUACAGUUGUUGUAAAAAUGACCUAUUUCUAUAUAUAAAAUAAAACUGUAUGGAUUAUGUGUAAAUUAUUUUGUAAUGGAGAAGCCAGUUCCUUUCCCAAAUACAUACAAAAGUAUAAAAGUUUCCUUGUGUUUUUCUGUGAGUGGACCUUUUGUAAUAAAUUAACAGAUUUGUACAA